AUGCUUUUGCUGUGUGAUCUCAACGAAUAUCGAAAAUGUGUUUCUCAAUGGCGACUCGAAGCCACAGCUUCGAGACAAUUCGAAAGCCUGCAUGCCUUGGCAAACCUCCUUGUGGUACUGCCAGAGAAUCUUGCCGAUGCUGCUCAUAGUCCAAUGCUGAUAUUGAAAAUACGAAGGAUUUUUUAUUUUCUUGUCAUCCGCCUCACUUUUACAGCCCAUAAAAUGUCGGAAGCGCUGAAACUGAAGGAAGAAGGCAAUACAUGCUUUCGAGAGAAACGCUAUCAUAAAGCUAUUGAACUGUACACACAGAGCCUGCAGCUGGAACAGUCAGCCACUGUUCUUGCUAAUCGAGCCCAGUCCUACCUAAACCUCGAAGAAUGGGCAAAAGCUCUCAUGGACUGCAAUCGAGCGCUUGAACUUGACGCAAACAUGGGCAAAGUUCUUUACAGGAGAGCUCACGCCCUCGAGAAAGUUGGCCUAAAGGCAUCUGCUCGCAAAGACCUUGAACGUUGUUUGAAGGUUGCCCCAAACUCCGCUGCUGAAACAAUGUUGAAAAAUCUCGCGAAUCAGUCUGAUGCUGAAGUGAUUGAAGUGCCAUGUGUAGAAAAAGGUGAUGAGAUACGUUCUGACUCGGAGUUCGUCGAAAUCAUGAUUGAUUUGCCGCGAAAAGAUGGGCAAACAGAACCGGGAAAGGAGGUUCAUGAGACUAAGGAAACGAACGACGAAAGCCUAGCGGAGGAACAAGUACCUGUCCAUUUUGCUGUGCCAACCUCUCUGCGGCAGUUCUCAAAGGAUUAUCGGGAGAUGGAAAGAUUGCCACCCGAAAAUUUUGCGAAAUAUUUCUUGGUGAGCUAG